UCCUCUUCUCUUCCUACCAUUAGCAGAACUGCAGAAGAAGGGAAGAACAGCAGAGAGAGCAGCAGUAGCAGGCUAGCAGCAGCGAGCGAAUCGAUCGAUCGAGAGGGAGACACGAUGAGCGGCGGCGGUCAGGACCUGCAGCUGCCGCCGGGGUUCCGGUUCCACCCAACGGACGAGGAGCUGGUGACGCACUACCUCUGCCGCCGCUGCGCCGGGCUGCCCAUCGCCGUCCCCAUCAUCGCCGAGAUCGACCUCUACAAGUUCGACCCAUGGCAGCUCCCGAGGAUGGCGCUGUACGGCGAGAAGGAGUGGUACUUCUUCUCCCCUCGGGACCGCAAGUACCCGAACGGGUCGAGGCCGAACCGCGCCGCCGGGACGGGGUACUGGAAGGCCACCGGCGCCGACAAGCCGGUGGGCACGCCCAAGCCCCUCGCCAUCAAGAAGGCGCUCGUCUUCUACGCCGGCAAGGCGCCCAAGGGCGAGAAGACCAACUGGAUCAUGCACGAGUACCGCCUCGCCGACGUCGACCGCUCCGCCCGCAAGAAGAACAGCCUCAGGUUGGAUGACUGGGUCCUGUGCCGCAUCUACAACAAGAAGGGCGGGCUGGAGAAGCCGCCGGUGGCCGCCGGCGACCGCAAGCCAGCGCUGUUGGCCCCCGCGUCGGCGGGUUCCCCGCCGGAGCAGAAGCCGUUCGUGGCUGCGCCGGGCGGUCUCCCCCCGGCGUUCGCGGACCUGGCGGCGUACUACGACCGGCCGUCGGACUCGAUGCCGCGGCUGCACGCGGACUCGAGCUGCUCGGAGCAGGUGCUGUCGCCGGAGCAGCAGUUCGCGGGGUGCGACCGGGAGGUGCAGAGCCAGCCCAAGAUCAGCGAGUGGGAGCGCACCUUCGCCUCCGACCCCGUGAACCCGGCCGGCUCAUUGCUCGACCCCGUCGGCCACGGCGGCGACGGCAUCGGCGGCGACCCGCUGCUGCAGGACAUCCUCAUGUACUGGGGCAAGCCGUUCUAGACGUGACGCGCGCGUAAAGACCGAGGAAACGGCAGAGCAUUAUGCAACCCCAUCCUCGGCGGCGGUUGGCUAGCUGUCGUCGGCACUCGGCAGCGCAACCGCGCGGUGUGGGCUUGACUCAGGCGAGCCGCCAUAGUUGACUACUAAGAGCUCUAAAGGUGGAAUGGAUUGAUAAUGAUAAAAUUAAAGAAGAACAAGAAGAAGAUGGGAGGAGUGCGAUGAGGACAACGACGAUUCGAGGCGGCAAUGAGACCCGUGUGGCCCCGCCGGGAGCUAGGGAGAUCGCCGUUGCAUUGGUGGUCGAUCGUGCGUGUGGCAAUGUGUGUGUACUUGUACAUAUACAUACAGUUCAUGAUUGAUUCGGUGCGGGGUUCCUGUUCCUUCAUUGGUUAAUUAAUAAUUAAUUAUACAUAAAAGGGCUUGUAGUGUACGGGAGUAAUGGGACUAGUCCAGAGGUAGUGUGCUAGUGUAAGCCAUUCGUCAGCUGCAAGGAUCAUUGAAGAAAGAAAAAAAAGAAGGGAGCGUUCGGUUCCUUUGCUUAUUUUUAGCA